CACUACUUUGUUUGCUUAAAUCCGAUCUAACAAACGAAGCUUUAGAAGUCGGAAGUAAGCAGGGGUGAAGCCUCUCGCUCCGUUCAGUUCUACGUUCAGUCAGUGGGAGGGAGAUGCGACGAGCUAGCACGUUGCAUUUGACGUGGAGUGGGACUUCUGUAGCUUUCCUGUUUGUCAUUUCUCUUUUCUCUCUUGCAGGCGGCAUCUUACAAGCUAUAAAGUAAAGAUUUUUGCCCCUGAACGCCACCCAGAAACGAAUACACAGCGCCGGACAGAUUCGCUUCCUCACUGAUUUGUAACUAUUAUGGCUGGAAGCACCGCCAAGACAGUGCACGAUAUCUUUCAUAACAUGGAGUACGGACCCGCAGCAAAUUCCAGCUCUGCCACUGCACAGGCCUGGCUGGAUCAUCAUUCCCGUUCUCUGGGUCUGUUCAUUGAUGGCAAGUUUGUCCGUCCCGCAGACAGACAGACUCGCUCCCUGGUGGACUCUAAAGGUGGUAAUGUGUGCAGCACGGUGUGCGCUGUGGAGGAUGAUAUUUCCCAGUGUGCCUCCUCUGCUGUUAACGGUUACAAGGCCUGGAGUGGCCUGUCCUGCUACCAGAGGGCCAAAGUGCUGCUCAAGCUCGUGAGUGUUCUCGGGCAGCACGCUCAGUGUGUGUCGGAGCUAUGUGAGCUGUGCGAGGCCUCCUGCUCCCCCUCCACCCUCGUCAGACUGUUGCAGUUCUACAGCAGCUGGGCUCAGCUCAGAGACACUCUCAUCACAAACUGGACACCACUGGGUGUGGUGACAGUAGUUGUCUCUGAUGACUGCUCUCUUUAUUCCCUUAUGCUCAAAGUCUUACCAGCACUGGCCAUGGGCAACUCUGUCAUCGUUGUCCCUGGUCGCAGCACCGCCCCUCCAGUGCUCCUUUUGGCACAGCUUUUUAUGGCAGCAGGCCUUCCAGCUGGGGCCUUUAAUGUUGUAACAGGAAAUGACAUGACGCUGGGUGUCAAAGUGGCCCAGAACCCUAGCAUCAGCUAUGUUACCUACAGCGGCAACAAGAAGGAUGGAGUGACGCUGUGUAGGGCCACGGCAGGGAUGGGUGUUCCAGUCUCUGUCUCCCCGUGCAUUGGCGCCACAUGUCCUUUCAUCAUCUUCGAGUCAGCUGACAUCGACAGCGCCGUGGAUGGAGCGAUAGAGACUGCCUUUAAGAAGAAGAAAGAGGUGCACUGGGUGUUGUGCGUGCAGGAGAAUGUGUUGGACAGUGUCGUGGCACGGCUUAGGCUGCGCAUGGCGGGGAUGAAGUGUGUGGCCCUGCCCAGUGAUGGAGAAAGGGUUCUAGUGGACGCUGCAGUACAGGAGGCUCAGCAGCAGGGGGCCACGUUGAUUCAGUCCUGUUCUGCCCCCCCUUCAGGCGCCCAGUACCCUCCCACAGUGUUCUGUGGAGCAGCUCCCUCCUCUCCAUAUGUGGUCACCCCCUCUGCUGGACCGCUGCUGCCUCUCAUGACCUUCAGAAGCAACACAGAGGCAGUGACCCUGGGGAACCACAGUCCACAUGGCCAGGCAGCCUCCAUCUGGACUGAAGACCUCACCCUGGCUCUGGAGACAGCUAAGAAUCUGUCAGUUGGCUCAGUGUGGGUGAAUUCCCACUCUAUGUCUGACCCCAGUCUGCCCGUCUCUGGUCACAAAGACAGCGGCACCUGCACCGACGGAGGACAGGAGGGUCUGUACCAGUUUCUACGCCCAUCCUCUUCUUCCUCUCCUCCUCUUCCUCGCUCCUCGCCUGUCUCUAUGGACUACGCAAAGUUUGGAACAGCAGUCUCCCCAGUUAUUAUUCCUGAUGAUUCAGACUCUGCCAGUGCCCCUAAGCCCUACCUGCAGUUUGUCGGUGGUAAGACAUGUAAAGCAGUGUCUGGCUGCAGUGUGGCAGUGCAGUCACCAGGGGCCAGCACUGUCUUGGCUUAUUGUCCAGAUGGAGGCCGGAAAGACGUCCGCAAUGCUGUGGAGGCUGCUAUCAAAGUCCAGCCUGGCUGGAUGAAAAAGAGUCCAUCUGCCCGUGCUCAGUCCCUCUACUCUCUGGCCAAAGGCCUGGAGGCAAAAAAGCGGGACAUAGCUGCGUCAAUCAAUGUCCAGACCGGUCUCUCAUUGGAAGAGGCUGAUAGGGAGGUAGAGCUCAGCAUUGCCAGGCUCAGUGAUUGGGCGGCGUACUGUGACAAAAUCCAGGGAGGAACUCUGCCUGUACCACAAUCUGGCUCUGCUCUCUCCAUCCCCGAAGCCCUGGGAGUGGUAGGAGUCAUCCUCCCUGACAAGAAUCCCCUCCUCUCCAUGGUAACACUUCUUGGAGCAGUCAUUGCCACUGGCAAUGCUGUUGUCAUGGUCCCCAGUCAGAGGUAUCCACUACCAACCUUGGCAUUUGUACAGGUGCUCCAGUCUUCAGACCUGCCAGCAGGUUUGGUGAACAUCAUUACAGGAAGAAGAGACCAGCUGACAGUGGCUCUGGCUACUCACAGCGUCAUCAAGGCCAUCUGGUACUGGGGCAAUACUGAGGGCUGUCAGUACCUGCAGUACACAUGUACCAGCCCUCUGAAAACCCUGCGUCUGUUCUGCCAAAAGGAGGAGGAGGGGAAAGAUGGAGGGAGGGACUGGACUCAUCCCUCACUCAUGGAAGAGAUAUGGAGGAAUUCAGUCCAGUGGAAGAGCGUGUGGAUUCCCACUGCAUAAGAAAAUAGAUAGAGGGAGAAAAAAAGAGUCUUAACUGUGACCUGUAGGAUGUAGAUUUAAAAGGAAGGAUCAAAAAAUUAACUGUGACCACAGUCAGAAACAGCCAAAAAAAAUCAUAAGCAGACAACACAAUGUUCCUGAGUCUCUUAACUGUUGGUCCCCGUGCUUUUUUUUAAUUCCCAUGAGUCAGUGCAUGCAACUACUGCCACACUAAUCCAGCAGAGGAUUUCUGUGGAUGGCUGAGCGACCAUGUGAUAUAUUCCAACAGUAUUUUUUGAUUAGAAUUUAAUCAUCUAUGUAAGCUGAAGCCUCAGACAUUGUGACACCAAGCAGCUACCACAUUAGCACACACUUUAGUGCAAAGACAGUUUUGUUUAUGAGAUAACAUUGCUUGGCAUCAUACAUCUCCAAAAUAAGAAAAAAAAAAUAGAAAACUAUAAUAAAAUCAGGGUAAAAUGAAGUUUAAGUAUGAAAUUAACAAAAUAAUAUACUAAUGAAUUAACAAUGACAAAUGUACAAAGGCGUGAUCAGUGACAGAAAGAAGUGAAGGCCACAGGUCAGACAAUAAGGAUUUGCAGGUUAUGAGUAACUGAGAAAACAAGAGAUUAAAUGUAUUAACAGAUUUAUUUUGGGGGGUUAUGGCAGGACACUGACACACAGACUCAGUCUGAGUUGAAUUGUGGAAUAAAAAAAAAUACCUAAAGCACUUAAAACACAACAGAUUUGAAAGAAUUUUACUAAAAACUUAAACAUACAGUACUUACUUUGUUGUAGGUGAUAUGUUAGCAGCAUUGCCAAUGUAUUCAAAUGUUUUUUGUUAACAAGGUAUGAAAAUGUGUCACUGAAGUAAAAAGGUGAACAUUUAUGAGGGGUUACAUAUUCCUUCAUUACAAUGAACAGGAACAUUCUUUAUAAUGAUGUGGUAUGCAAUCAUAAUCAAAAGAGUUGACUUUCUACCUCUAUCUUCUGCAAUUCUACUUCUUUUUGCUCUUAGUCAUUACACAUCUGCUUGACUUUAAGGUCAGCUUUAUUUCCAGGCAUGCUUAAACUAACUGAACCCUGGAUCAAUAAGUAUUCACUAGUAAUACUGUAGAUAUUUGGUAACAUCAAGUGCCAGAGAGCCAUGACAUAAUCUAUCACUGUUUCAUUCAAAUAUUUCAGUUGUAGUUAUAAGAAAAGUGGUAUUUUUUACAACAUAUGCAACCUUUUUUUUCAACUUGAAACCUCAACUGCCUUAGAGUUCUGUCAAAAAUUGAUCAAUCCUGUGUCAACUCAAUCCAAAUAUGUUAAUGUACUGCACAUCUUUAUUACUGUACAAUUAUACUGUUAGCUACGUCAUAGAAGUACACUUAUUAAUCUGUGGUGCGAACAUUCCCAGUGAAAGCAAGUUUGUUUCCAAGUUCACAUUCACGUUGUUAAAUAAUAUGUUUUUGAAAUGUGUGUUUCCAGAGAAUGAUACUGUAGGUCUCACUGCCUAAAAGCCAUAAUUAAAAAAGAUACAUUUAUGAAUUUA